CGUGAAGGAAUGCGCUGCUGGCGACACCAGUCCACAGCGGGCACACCGGGUAUAUUUCCUCUCCUCCCUCCUCCCUGGUUCUCUGUAGCCUCGUUUGAAUGGAUGUUGUCGUGAAACUGAAAGUUUCGUCGUGCUUUGCGUAGGUGUGCUUGGCCUUUGCUCACCGGAACCAGAGCUGCGUCCCGUCGUCCAUUAGAAAAGAUAAGAAGAAAUGGGACCUCGCGACAAUGUGCUUCGCAGUAUCGUCGCAAUUCGUUGUUGACAAGUAGGCAGCCGGCGAGCGUGUAUCACAAUGGAAGCCUGCACACCCACGCCCAGCAGUGUGGAGCCCGCAGAUGAGGAUGCACUUCAGGAGUUCGAAGACUACGAGGCCGUCAUGAGCGUGAUUCGCAAAGUCACGAAAGGUGGCCUCACCGAACGCGAGAUCGAACACUUGCUGGACACGUUUAAGGGAACUUUCGACAAGUAUCUCGAACAGCCGUACCUGUUGGACAGUCAUUUGAGGGAGAUAGUGCAGGCUCUGGUCAGCCCUGUGAAGUCUCCUGACUGCACCGACGAUAUUCUGCACACUUGCAUGGCCUUUCUCGUCGUGGUGACCAAUGUUCGCGGAUACAAAGUGGUGGUUAACCACCUGCCUCACGAGCUGUCGGACAUUGAGCCUGUGCUUGCCCUGCUGGAGAGGAUGGCGCCAGACAGUUGGAAGUUGCGGCCGACAACGUAUAUGCUGCUGCUCUGGCUCGGCGUGCUGUCCAUGGUGCCGUUUCAACUAUCACGCCUCGACUCCGGAGAUGCAAAAAUGAAACCUGUGGCCCAAAGGAUAUUUGAUGUCAUCAAGGCCAACCUCACUGCCGUCGGUAAGGCAAACACUGCCUCCAGCUUUUUAAGCGCUCAUUUUAUAACACGUCCCGACAUCAAAGACUCCUACCUUGACGACUUCAUGAUGUGGUUGCAGAAUCAAAUUGAUGCUGAAAAUAAGGUGACGACGACAAACAUGUUGUCGGCGCUCGCCAUGAUCUUCAAGCUCGCCAAGCGGGAGGUUGUCAUGAAGCACGCAAACAGCUUGAUGAGCCUGCUGAUGAAGAAAAAGUUAUUUCAAAGCAAUAAUAUCAUUAUUCAAAGGCUUGCAUUGAAGCUGUGUCAAAGGAUUGGCCUUUGCUUUCUUCCCGUCAACCUUGCCUCUUGGAGACACCUUAGAAGCAUAAAGCAGCUGUCGAAGAAUGUGCAAGAAAAUGGUCCCUUGUCAGAAGCAGCCUUCCCAGCUGCACAGGAGAAUGGAGAAUUUGAUGUCCCAGAAAUCGUUGAAGAGGUCAUCGACAAGCUUUUGGAAGGCCUCGAAAAUUGCUCUAUCAAUGUCAGGUGGUCAGCUGCGAAAGGCAUAGGCCGUAUUGCGAGCAGGCUUCCAAGGGAGUUUGCCUCCGAGGUUGUCUCGUCGGUGUUCUCCACGUUUGAGAGGCAGGACAGUGAAAGUUCACUUCAUGGGGGAUGCCUCGCCCUUGCUGAAUUCGGACGCCGAGGCGCCCUGCUUCCUGAGCAGCUGCCUGAUGUGGUGGCUUCCGUACUGCCUUGCCUGACCUUUGACGAGCAGCUGGGCAAGCAGUCCUUCGGAUGCAUAGUCCGUGACGCAGCCUGUUACGUCUGCUGGACUUUGAGUCGUUCGUAUGACCCCUGCCACCUGGCGCCUUUUGUAAGCGCUAUUGCUGGGGCACUUGUCUGCGUUACUCUGUUUGACAGGGAGGUGAUAUGCCGUCGGGCGGCUGCCGCUGCUUUCCAGGAAUGUGUGGGAAGACUAGGCACAUUUUCGCAUGGCAUCGAUAUCAUCACUGUGGCCAACUAUUUCUCCUUGGCACGAGUGCAGACCUGUUAUUUGAGCCUCAGCCUGCAGGUUGCCAAGUUCAUGGACUACACGCAGCCCCUCAUUUUGCACCUCGUGGAGAAGAAGUCUGGUCACUGGGAUCCCAACAUAAGGACGCUCUGCUCGCAAGCGCUCUUCAAGCUCACCGUGGACGAUCCUGGCUUUGUGAGGCAGACCUGCAUGCCCAAGCUCUUGGCUGCAUUGCAUAGUCGAAACCUGAACAACAAGCUGGGAGCCUUGCUGUCUAUUGGGGAAGUCGUGCACUCGCUCUGUGAGCUGGGCGAGAAGAGGGGUGAAAGUGUCUACGAUGCCUUAGGUGAUGACACUGUAGAAGCACUGAAAGAGCUGGUCUCAAGCUAUGAGGAAAGCAAGGUGUUCCAGGGCCUUGGAGGAGACCCUAUGAAGGAAGCCUUUUGCUUGUUCAUAUGCAAGCUCUCUACUGUCCAUUUUCCUGUUCACAAGUCGCGGCCUAUUCUUGAUAAGUGGCUGUCUGUGAUAAGCCGGUGCCUUCUUCGUGACGAACGCAGCCUGAGGGCCAAUGCCUGUGCGGCGUUGUCACCAUUUUUGGAAGAGUACUGCAAGGACGAGGACGCCAUCUGCGACACUCUUGUCACCGAGUACCUGGAAGGGCUCAACUCGGGCACGGAAGGCGUCCGUUGCAACUUUGCACACGCACUGGGAUCCCUGCCAAGCUUUGUUUACAGGAAGUACUUCCAAGUGAUCCUUCGUGGACUUACGGCCAGAGCGACAGCAGAGGGCCGGGAGUAUUCGGACUCAAAAACUGAGGCAGUGCUUUCCCUGGCACGUUUUUGCAUCUCGGUUGGCGUCGAGGAAGGAGGCGUGUCGCCGUCCCAGAUUGAAACCAUACUCAACAUCCUAAUCCAAGGAAUGGAUGACUACACGCACUGCCCAAAACGAGGGGAUGCAGGAGCCAACGUCAGGAAAGCCUGCAUGACGUCAUUUAAGGACCUCAUCUGCUACCUUGCAUCGGUACAGCCCAGUGCCAUUCCCGAGGCACAGGUGUCGUCAAUGAUGUGUGCCUUAGCCCAACAGAGCGUGGAGCCUGUGGAUAAUGUGUGCCGCCUGGCGAUAACAACUUUCAUUGAGCUGCUGUACAACACCCCAGAGAUUCCAUACAUCCCACACCGAGAGGAAGCCUGCAAGAUCCUGCCUGAAAACCUGGGGAGCCUUAUCAACCUUCGGCAUUCCAAUGAGACGUUCCCCUACUGGAGCCAGCUGCUGGCGCUCGACUCGUACCGUGAACCCCUGCUUAAGGGAUUUCUCGUCAGUGUGGGCGGCAUGUCUGAGAACUUUUUCAUCACUGGCAAGAAAGCGCUGCUGUCGUUCCUCAGCACGGCCAAACAAGACCGCACCCUUGAAGAGUCUGUGUAUGGAUUCUUGGCCAGACUCCUCAGUGACGAAGCAUUCGUGAACAGGGCUCUGCCCAAGUACCUCAAAGCCCUGGACCACCUUGCAGUUUCUAGUGCCUUCACCGGGGUUCCCCCCGAAUUUGUCGAAGUGGUUCAGCAGGAUGCUUGGCUUAAAACAUACAGGUCGAAGUCUUUCCAGAAACUCGAAGCCAUCUCAAGCUUGCUUGCCACUUGGCUGCAGUUUGAAGGAGAUGUGAGGAAGAAAGUGCUCGUAAAGCUCUUCAGGCUUUUGCAGCAUCGUUGGAGCAAAGUGCGCAAGGCAACUGCACUCCGGCUGUGCGAAUCUCUCUUGCUAUACAUGGUAUUGGAAGAUGAAGAAAAGUUGGAAGAGGCAUGCAUACUUCUGUCCGAGACAGACUGGAAUGAGGGCGAUAUUGACACGCCUGUAGAAAGGCUCAGGAAUCUGUUUGGACUGAAAAGCGAAAGCUAGUAAUGAAGCGUGCCCAUUAUGCGUCUUCUGGUGUAUACUGCAAUGCUUGCAAGGUUUUCUAUUUAUAUUUAGCGGUUAGCGGAAUUAAAUUUUAAAUGAUGUAGGAGCAUUGUGCACAUCUUUCUUUUUUUUUUUACGAGCUGCUCACUUUGUGUUGCAUUUAUCACCGUGCUCUUCCUGUGUUUCGUGUAGGCUUGGGCAAAUAUACUAUAUCUUCGAAUAUUCAUCACAUAAAUACUGUGCUAUUCAGUAUUCACUUCCAUUCGAACUUCAGCAUUCAUAAUUUUCGAUGUGUCCUGAACCGGCGAUCAUAAAUUACAAAACAGGUGUGAUAAACAUAUCCUGUGUUUAAAUCGCAUUGCCAUUGAUGCAGCUCAAAGCCAAGACAAGCCACAGACAUAGAAUUUGUGUAUAGUCGCCAACCGAUUUUUCGAACUUGCCCGAUUAUUAGAACAUCCCUGCGUCUAGUUUUUUUUUUCUUUAUUGUUUUGUUUCACGGAUUCUCUCCGUGUAGGGGGCAGAGGUAAAGGCAAAAUGCGUGACAGAGCCUCUGCGCCCCUACAGUUCAAACUAACAGUUCCAGUUAGUUUCUUCAUUCUUGUAGCCCAGCCCCCUCUUUAUUAACGGCGACCAAAGUUUCGGACCUGAUCCACGUUCACAAUGGUGGAAAAAUGGCGGUCGUGAUGAAAGUUGGCGCCAUUCAGGUUGACCUCCAUACACUUGCUUUUGCCACCCUCUGCGGUGACUUGCGAGAUCAAAUCCCGGCUGCCGCAGCCGCAUUUCGAUGGUGGCGAAGUGCAAAAAUGCCUAUUGUCCUAUGCAUUGGGGGCACGUUAAGGACCCCAUAGUAGUCAAAAUUAAUCCAAGUCUCCCACUAUGGCGUGCUUCAUAAUCAAAUCGUGGUUUUCACAUUUACAACACUGGAAUUCAAUUCACUUGUUUUUGUUGGCAAGGUGACAUCUCAACCUUCCGGGAGCCGUACAUAUGGCCACAGCAAAUGGAUGUACGUCCAUUUAGUCAAAUUAAUUAAGCAAAUAGAAUGUACAUUUGCAGCACGCUAACAAACCUGUCAUUGAAUACCAUGUUACUUGCAUCAAUACAAGCUGGCUAAGUGUAUAGCUCAGCAUAUGUAGACAUGUAAGGAACGAGCAGUAUAAUAGACGAAGAGCUUACUUGUUUAGUAUUGUAGUAGCCAACGACUAUCUUCUGGGUUCCCUUUAAGAGUGGACGUGCACUCCUACUGUAGCAACAGGUCCAGCCUAGCCUAUGCUUCGGUGAUGACGAAAAUGACGGUUCAAUGCCAGUUCGCAGAUGGUGUUGAGCCUUCUGUCUUGUUGCAGUCUGCUUCAAUUUUAUUGUCAUGCCUCCGGAAUACUAAACAAAACAAGCACGUCUGGCUUUCUUUCUUCCAGGUAACACUUUGUGAAAAUUCAACAAAAAAUUAACGGAAUGUCUUUUAUAGAAAAGUUAAUGAGCAGUACACAGCAGAAGUUUAACUGUCAUUGUGGUGGCUCAGUGACUUGAAUCAAUAAUACUUAAAUAGGUCGUCAGCCAAAGUUUUUGUUAUGGAAUCGUUUUCGUAAGGUCUAGCAGCGCUAGUUAGGCCUAAGCAUAGGGGAUGUUGGUAUGUUCGUACGAGAGAGCCAUCAGCGAUUGCAUUCAUGGGCUAUGUUAUACUAAGGGCUGUAGAAGCGACGUUCAGGUCCCUGGUUGACCAGCCAACUACAGUGAGUGUGCCUGCCAAGUUCAUAUGUAUAUGUAUGCAUAUGUAUGCUUAUUGGAUGGAAUGGGUUAAUCUCGCAUGUAUAGUUAGGAAACAUCAACCUGAAUUUGUGCAAUGCAGCCUAAACUCCGGCUGUCAUACCAACAAAAUUGCUUGCGGCAUUUGCAAUUUGCGACACAAUGGGCAAAUGCAAAAUGCCUCCACGGCCUCGACAGUCGGGAAAUUUAAAGUAGACUGAACCACAACACUGAGGAAGUGUUGGGGAAACAAAUUUUGUGUAUUGUUGGCAUUGUAAAAAAAUGUUGACAUUUUUUCAUAAGAAUGUCUUGGGGGGGGGGAGGCAGAAUAGUAGCACAAUGCAUACAAACCGUUUCCCAAGGUGAAACUCUUCACAACUUUGCAAGUAAAGCCCUUCCGUGUCUUUUUUCUUGGGAUCUGUCCACUCUUGGAUGUUAAGUCAAAGGUUUAUGAAAGCCCACAGAUAUUUGAACUACUCACUUCAAAAUUCAACAAUAUUACUGUUCAAAUUCGCUUCAAACCAAAACAUUGACAUUUGUGUAAGCCUAGUUUUGUGACAUCACAACCUAUUAUUUUGCGCUAAUAUAUAUUUUUUAAGUACUGGUUAUGCCUCUGUGUCAUCCUAUGUAAUGUGUGCAUAUUUCAAACUGUGAGCUGGGUUCGCAGUGGUUUGCUGUUAUACACAUUUGCAUAUUGCACAGUAGAUUGAACACAUUGUGAUCUAAAUAAAGUACUGCAUGAUGUCAGUCA